AGCUCCCAAGAAUUUCGCAGCAGUCAGCUCUAUCUGCCCUACGAAAAGGGUUGUGGCAUGAUUCAAGGUUCAAAGAAGAUGUAAUACUUCACAAACCGGACACGAUUCAAGACACACUUUUCCGUGCAAACAAUUGGAUGGAAGUAGAAGACGAAAAAGAGAGUUUUGCGAGGAGGAACAAACAAGCGAAACCAACGGUCACCUUGCCUACCAAAAAAUUUGAGCCUAGGGAAAACCAAGGAACAAAAAACGUCCUCAAAAAGCAUAUCGCAGAACUGUGGGCCAGUGGAGAUCUUUCCAAAUUCAAGAUAGAAGAUUUCGUGAAGGAAUACCACGAGGCAAAAGAUAACACCAAAGAUCAGAACUCCAAAAGACCAAGGUUGUCCAAUGAAGAAGAACCUAGGAGUUCGAAAGGAAAAAUCAAUGUAAUUAUUGGAGGUUCCAAACUUUGCCGGGAUACGAUCAGUGCCAUAAAGAAGCAUAGGCGAAAUGUUUCACUUAAAGCAAGCUUGGGCGGAGAAAUUGAUUUUCAAGAAGCAGGGUUUUCCCUCUCCACCAGCGAACUCUUAGGGCUAUUUCGAGCCCGUGAAUCCGCAUCAGCGGGUAUUUUUUCUAUAAACCCUAGCCUUGACCGUAACCUGAUCGACGGAAUGCCCUCGAAUGAUGGGCCUUGGAGGAAAUACUGGUUCUUUUUCCGAGUCAAUCCCCAUUCCGUUCAAGGUCUUUCCGGUCUUCUUCUCGCCAAUUGGUCGGCUAAACUUGGGAACCAGACGAUCCCCCGCCCAACCGUUGACUUCUUGUCCUUCUUUCGAAUCGUUUCUGAGGGUGAAACAAAUUGGAAUUCCUUCACCCUUCAACGCAUUCAUAAAGCGGGGCUCGCCAUUAAAGACGGUCAGACUCACCCCCUCGAUCCUCCUCCCGAGGAGAAAGACGUCUCGAGCCUGAAUGCCCGAGACAAAAGAAAGAUGCAGGCUGAAAUCAAGGCUCUUAAGGAUCAGCUAUCCAAAAUCGGGAGAAAGAAACGGAUAGCUGCAAUCUCAAGGGUUGGUAACUUCCACAGGAAGACCCUCUUGGUUGAUGAUGGUUCGUUAGAAGCAGCCCUGUCAGCCGCGGUGGAUACUCAUGGAGCCGAGAUCCUUAACGACCCUCCAGUUGCCACCGCAAUUUGCCCUUCCGAACCAGGGUGUGAGGGAGAAAUAACCUCCUCUCUUUGUACAAAGAGGAAGGCUCUAGAUUCUGAUAAUUUAUCAAGCGAGAGACUUAAAACCGUGAUAUUAAGUUCUCCGCCACAAGUCUCUAGCCCUCCACGUUUUGUUUCUCCCUCUUCAGAAACUUUAAACUCCGAGCUCCCUCUUCCGGGAGACAGAGUAAUUUCAGAGGAAACGGAUGAGCCGAGACCGGAGUCUUUCCUAUCUCAAGGACUGAGUGUUAGGACUCAAAAUCCUUUACCCGCUUCGAUUUCAGGCGGAGAAGAGAUUGGAGACAUCUUCCGAAGUUUCCAAACCAUGGAAGGGGCAUCCCUUCCUCCUUUUUCGGCUUUUAUGGAGACUAAUGGAAUGAUCUUCCAUUACGAGAACCUUCUUCAUCAAGCGAAGAGAGAGACCGCAAAGGCUAAGAAGGAGGUUGAUGAUCUCAGAUUAGCCAACCAAUCCGAGCGACUUGAGCGGGAAAAAGCACUCGAGUUAUCGUUUGAAAAUAUGAAGAAAACUCUAGCAGCUAGUGGAGAAGGUCUAAUGCUUCUCGCUUAG